AUGGACAUGAACAUCUUUCCUAAGGUAGUUCAGGAGUGGCGCAAGAGAAAUGCCUACAUAGGAGAGCCCGCCGUUGCCAAGGGAAAUGACAAAACGACCACACCUGCCUCUGCUGCCGCCGCCGCUUCAACUGCUUCCAAAAUCGAUAUUGGCAAAUUGGAUGCUGAGCUGAACACACUCUCAACGCAGAUUGACCAGCUGACUGCACAGUUUGACAAGUUGAAGCUGCAGUAUAAGAGCGUUGUCAAAAAGGAGUGGAAGCCCUCAACCGCCGUUUCUGGUGCUACUCCAGCUAGUACGACAACUCCAUCAGCUCCUGCGGCCGCCGAUUUCGUGGCCGACUUGGAUAAGCGGAUUCGUCAACAGGGCGAUCUGGUGAGGAAGCUCAAGGGCGACAAGGCUGAAAAGGCUACCAUCGAUGAGGCGGUUAAAAAGCUACUCGCAUUGAAAGGAGAGUUUAAGACUGUCGCAAAGGUCGACUGGAAGCCCGAUUUCGUGCCACCGCAAUCGAGUGCUCCUGCUGCUCCUUCCGCCGCCGCCGCUGGUGCUUCAGAUGGUUCUGCUGCCAAAGACUUGGACUCGCAAAUCAAAGCCCAGGGAGACCGAGUACGUCAGCUGAAGACGGAGAAGGCUUCAGCUGAGGCGGUGAAGGUCGAAGUGGCAAAGCUGCUGGACCUGAAGAAGCAGUACAAGGAGGUGACCGGUGCUGAGUGGAAGCCUGAAACGCAAGCGCCAGCGUCAACCAAAGCAAAGACUGCUGCUCCGGCCGAGGCUGCUGCCAAGCCUGGCAAGCAGGCCAAACCAGCCAAGGCCUCUCAGCCGGCCCCAUCUGCAGGUCCAGCUGGCGACUCUAGUGGAAAGGCCGUGAAGAAGGCCACCCGUCUGGGCAUGGAAACCUCGAAGUCCGCCAACUACUCUGAGUGGUUCACCGAGGUGAUCACCAAGGCGGAGAUGAUCGAGUACUACGACGUGAGCGGCUGCUACAUUCUCCGCCCCUGGUCGUACGCCAUCUGGGAGGCCAUUCAGGGCUUCUUUGACGCAAAGAUCAAGACGCUGGGCGUGAAGAACUGCUACUUCCCCUGCUUCAUCUCCAAGAGCGCCCUCGAGACGGAGAAGACGCACAUUGCCGACUUUGCCCCCGAGGUGGCCUGGGUGACGAAGAGCGGCAGCAGCGAGCUGGCUGAGCCCAUCGCCAUUCGCCCCACCUCGGAGACGGUGAUGUACCCUAGCUACGCCAAGUGGACGCAGUCCCACCGAGACCUGCCCAUUCAGCUGAACCAGUGGUGCAAUGUCGUCCGCUGGGAGUUCAAACAGCCCACUCCCUUCCUGCGAACGCGCGAGUUUCUCUGGCAGGAGGGCCACUCUGCCUUUGCCACGAAGGAGGAGACGAUGAAGGAGGUGCUGACCAUUCUCGACUUUUACGCCGCCGUCUACGAGGAGCUGCUGGCCAUUCCGGUGAUCAAGGGACAGAAGACGGAGAAGGAGAAGUUUGCAGGCGGCGACAUGACCACCACCAUUGAGGCGUACGUCGAUGUGAAUGGCCGUGGCAUUCAAGGGGCAACGUCGCACUUUCUCGGGCAGAACUUCUCCAAGAUGUUUGAUAUGAGCUUUGAGGACCCGAACACCCCCGGUCAGAAGUGCUACGCCUACCAGACGAGCUGGGGACUGUCGACGCGCACCAUUGGUGCCAUGAUCAUGAUCCACGGCGACGACAAGGGCCUGGUGCUGCCGCCCCGGGUGGCCUCUCUUCAGGUGGUCAUUGUGCCUUGUGGCAUCACCGUCAAGACCUCCAAGGAGGAGGUGAAGAGCCUCAAUGAGCAGUGUAACCAGCUGGCACUGAAGUUGAAGGACGGCGGCGUCAGGGUUCAGGUCGACGAUCGCGAUCACGUCUCUCCGGGAUGGAAGUUCAACCACUGGGAGCUGAAGGGUGUGCCCAUUCGCGUGGAGCUCGGACCAAAGGACCUGGCGAAGGGCGAGUUUGUCACUGUGCGCCGUGACACUGGCGAGAAGGCGUCGGCCCAGCUGGCGAACGCCCUGACGACGGUGACCACCCUGCUGGAGUCCAUUCACAAGACGCUCUUUGAUCGUGCCACCAAGCUGCGUGAUGACCGGAUGGUGGUCACCGAGGACUGGAAGGUGCUGCUCGAUCGACUCAACGAGAAGUACAUCAUUAUGGCUCCCUUCUGCGGCGACAAGGACUGCGAGGAGGUCAUCAAGAAGGAAAGCACCAGAGAGGACACCGAGGACGCUGCCGGUGGGCCGCUGAUGGGCGCCAAGUCGCUGUGCAUUCCCUUUGUGCAGCCGAAGGAGCUGCAAGCCGGUCAGAAGUGUGUUCACCCGGACUGCAAGCGAAAGGCACUCAAGUACACACUCUUUGGUCGAAGCUAUUAG